ACUCGUCCCCUGCCCACGAUAUGGCGGCUGUAGUUCCUGGCUGUGACUUUACUGACAAGGUGGCGCCUGGACUGUGUGUACAGCGAUGGGUCUUCCACAUCGUACUCAACGUGUUUGAGUUCGGAAAGAACGUCAGAAACGGCGAACCAAUCGAUGCUACUGGAAACUUUAUCUUCAAGUACCUUUAUCUGCAAUGCCCGAACAUGACUGACAGCAUUAUGAGCACCUGUUCAAUCAUGACGGUUGCCGACGCGGAGAUUUCUGCUCAGAUCACCCUGCAGACAGUAGUGGAGGUCACAGACGACAAUAACGACAACCCAAGGGUGGAGGUGAGAACCGUGUACGGAGUAGACCCGUCACGUGACUUGCAGGGCGGGGUACCCCCCGGGGUGUCUCACCUGGAGGAGGUUACCUUGGAGACGCACUUCUUCCCAGAGUUCCUGCGCACAAGACUACAGAUGGAGCUGACCCUGUUCCUGGUGUGCGUUGGGGAACAGUACUCCACGGCUUCGUAUCCAGAUGGUUGCCUGAGGGCGCCCACGACAGACCGUUACUCUGCGUACGAACAUCCUGACUUCAGGUACGAGGGACAGGAUGAGGGAGGGAGUCCGGUUACGUACACUGCAGACGACAUCGAGGCGCCCAUGCAGUCCUUAUCCUACAACGGCUAUGUGGCGGAUAGAGAGGUCCAUCAAACUAAGUUCGUGAACAGAGCUCUGUCCGGAGUGUCCGAGACCUACACGUUCACCAGUGUCUUCCGUCUCACCGCGCUGGAGGGCAGGAAGAAACGGCGGGUCCAGCGAGACAUCAUGGUCAAAGCGGCUGUUCCUCAGGGUAUCAGCCACGCCUUACUAUUCGCCGGCUGUCCAGAAAAUUCGACCUUUGUGCGAGAAACCCUAGACUGUGUCUGCACAAACUUUGGAGAAGCCUACAGUACCAAGACGUUCCGCUGUGAGGCGGGCCUCAUGUCAGAUGUGGAGAUUACGGAGGAGGGUACCAACGAGAUCGACACUGGAUUCGAAUCCGGCUCCGCCCCUUUAAACGAUAUCCUGAACCUGGUCAGCGCCAUCGGAAUUGCUCUAUUGUGUUUAGCAUUGAACAUCCAGCUAGCUGCCCUAUAGCAGGCGAAAUCGUAUGUUCUAAGAAAAGUGAAAUUAUGACAGAUUGAUGUGGAUUAUUUUUGUCAUAACAUGAACAAAGAUGUUGUACAGCUCUGUAGAUAAAUAUAAAUUAUCAUAUCUAUAAAUGUUAUGAAAUUAUUAUUAUCGUUUGAAUGACCGUGAGACCACAUAAAUCUAUAUCGUAUAUCAAUGUGUUAUAUCAUUAAAUUCUAGUUCCACCAUAA